UACCCGAUGCUUCGACGACAAACAAAUAAAUCACGAUUAUGACGUUGAAUUAAAAAAAAAACACGCUCAUUAGCGUCUGAAUAAACACAAUCGCAGGUACUAAUGGCAGAACGCCAUUGAAAAAUGCAUUUCCUGAUGAGUCCAAGCGCUAGACUCUGAGCGGCGGUCACGCACCACAAAGCGCUUGUGCGAGUGUGUAUACAUCCGACGAAACGACUUCCAGCCUCCCAUUCAUCUAUUCAUGGGUUGUAUGCGCGACGAACCCGUCAAAGGUUCAUAUACCGAUCCCGUCGAGCGCAGGACAAUAAAAGCAAAAAAAACAUGAUUAAACAAAAGUCGAGGAAAGUAGCCCGGAAAAAAUACAAUGCUCGCGGCGUCUAUUAGUUUUAGAAAUCGAAUCGUUGUCAAACAAACGUACGAUGAUUUAAAAAAACGCAAAUGGUAAAAAUCACGAAAGGAAACCACUGCGCAUCCACCGCAAUGAUUACCGAUUUAUUGACACCGGUCCCACGAAACUCUGCACCGGGGCCAUUAUCGGCCACAGUCUCCGUCUUUCCCCUGAGGCAUCGGGCGCGCAUUAAAUCCUACCCCUCCUCGCUGGCAUCUCUCCGCCGAAAUCGCGUCCCUCUCACGGUGCAAGACAGCCUGUACACGUUUAUUAUAUACACACAUCCCAUCCCGACCCCGCUCUUUUUCCUCGCCUCGUGUGUGUAUGGCACAUCGCCUGAAGGCUGCCGGCGGCGCUCGUCGGCGCGCGGAAGUAGGUCGGUGAGAAGUCGUGUCGCGGUCUCGCCGCAGCGCAGUCAGUCUCGCCAGGCUAUUCCGGCAGUCAACAGGUGCACACGCACGUAAGCGCAGCGCGCCGACAGUAGUAUAUAGUUCUUGCACGUCGAUCAUCUUCGUUGUGGUGUACGAGCUUCUUUUUAUCCACGAGAAAUGGUGUACCGAAGAUUUUGAUUUUUUUUCGGAAAUUUUUUUUUUUUUGAUUCGACACUAUCGAUAGGAGAGCGGAGAUUCUCGUUGCGGUAUACGGUUACACGUGUGUACCAGCGAACGAAGAAGAUCUUUUGGAUCUGCAGACGGAGAGGAUCUCAGGGCGACCGCGAGGAUGGCGAGCUUCCAGAUCCUACUAGCGUUCGCGCUGCUGGCCGCAGCUGCAUCAACCCCGACCCCUACGACCUCAUCGGCGUCAUCGUCAUCGUCAUCCCCGAGCGAGAUUCCAAAGCCAAGUUAUGCGCGCACGAUGCUAAAAGUGUCCAGGAGUCUGCCUGGUGAGACCGAGGAGCUGAAGGUCCGCACCAGCGAGGGCAACCUCGCGACCCUGAUCGUCAAGCGCCGCGAGAAAUCGGUCUCCAACGCCCUGACUAGCCACAUCUCCAAACACGCCGAUCAACCCGAACCGUCGACCUCAACCCCAGCACCAACGACCACGUCCACGACCAUCGGCUACAGGAAUGUUGAGGUCGACCCGUGGAGUCGUCUCCAAACCUGGAGCAGCGUCUCGGACAACAGCGGCAUCGCCAAGACCUCGCAGGAGAUCGACUCCUCCCAAGAACCACGUAACUGGAUUCCCCUGAAUCGAGGCUUCGACAGCUGGCAGCCGGUUCCCCAACCCUUCAGCACCGAAGACCCUUCAUCGUCCAGAAGAACCUCCUGGCUGGUCGCUGAUCAACUCGAGGCUUCCCGGAGCUUCCAGACCAUCCCCGCCGACAACGAUUCUAACGAACGUCUCAUCCGUUACGCUUUCCUCCCUCACGACCCUCCGAGACGCGCGACCAGGACAAACAUUGGCGCAAAUCUCAUGAAAAACCGCGAUGCCAAGAACGUCCCCCCUGAAGUUGUCAUCAGGUCGGAGAUCAACGUCAAGCCUCAACCUGGACAACCUGGACAGCAGACGGUCGCUCAACCUAAAAGAUCUCCCAUGUCACUCGACGCUGACGGCACACCCGUGGUUCACGGAAGAAGAGUACCCGACGAACCUAUUGACAAAAUCCAGGUCUGGAGAAACGCCAGAGUCAUCAACGAUCAGCUGGUCACCGACGACGUUGCCUCGCUCAGCUCCACCACUGUCAGAGGACUCAGCGACCAGGGACAGAGCUUCGAGAGCUUCUUCGAGGAUGUGAAUCGCAAAUACGGCAAGAACUCGGACGACAGCAACUCCAACAAGCCCAAAUCCUACCGCAACUCAGUCCUGGCCGCAGAGAUCUACGAGACAGCGGAAGACACCUAUCGUCCCAGUAUCCGCAAACGUAUGCUCCAGCCCGAAAUCGCCAGCGCCGCCGUCUACCCCAACUCCCGGGUCUACUCACCCCCAACUGAGAAGCUCGUGAAGGUCGGAACUCGCGCCCCUGUUCUGCAGUACGCCCACCCCGAACUGGGCGUUCAACCAGCCAAAAUCGUGAAGAACGAGAAGCGAAGAAACGACGAGGCCACCGAAGCUCCGGCCAGACAGACUCAAACGGGACAUCAUUACGGAGAACACAGGAUGAAGAAGAAGUACGUGCUCAACGACAAGAACGUGGUGGACUCUUACUCCUACAAGAAUUACUACCCGAACCAGCAUUUUUACGGACUGAAGAGACCCAUGCACGAGCCGCCCUUCUGGGUCAAGAUCUCCGAGGGUAUCAAGAGUCAGUUUACCGAUGGCGUCGCUAAGGUAUCCGAGCUGACCAAGCCGGUAUUCGACCCGCUCGUAGAGGCUACUCGCAAGAUCUCGGAGAACCUUGGACUCUCGCACUCGCGCUCGCAAGAUCCAGCCCAGGACAAAAUCGGUAGCGUCGCCGCUACCGGUUCGUCGGUUCUGAUCCCAGCAGUGGGUCUCAUGGCUACCGGAGCCGCUCUGGGCAUCGGCGCCGUCGCAGUCGGCCGAUACCUCGACGUGGACGUGCUCAAGAGAUCCAACAACGGCAACCCCGAGAUGCAAUUCGUCGACGAGGACAGUCAAAGGGCUCUGGGUGUCGUUCAGCAACUGCAGGAACAGGGCGUCAUGCCGAUGGAGGAGAACGGAAACGGGGCUGGCAACGGAAACGGGUACUACAUUCUGGUGCAGGAGGAGGAGAAGGACCAGCGGGUGAGAAGGAAGAGGAGCACUGGUGCGGAAGAGGCUGAUUCUAGGCAAAUGCAGCGCAAAGGUGCCGAUGAGAUCGCAGAGAUCGUGGAAAUCGACCUGCCCUCUCGAUCGCUCGAUGACGCGACGAACGACGAGGGCAACAACGUCCAGUUGUACAAUGAAGAAGCUUUCGUCAAGGCUGUCGUUGAUCAGGCCUUGGAGGCUAUCACAUCAAGCGCACAAGCGAACAAGAACAAACCGGCUCAAGCCGAUUCGAUGGAGGAAGUGACGAUAACGAGGCGGCGACGAGGCCUGCCUGAAAGUGACAGCGAACUGAACGACGCGCUGCAGAAUUUGGAGAACGCUGAGAUAGCGGAUGUCGCCGGCGGACACGUGGCCGGUGACUGGACCAACACGCCCUGCGCCAAGAGGCUCUUCUGCGACGCGAUGCUCAAACGCGGAUCCGACGCUUACAUGUUCAUGGAGAAGAAAAUGGCUGGACUCUUGAGGAUGAUCCAGCCGAUCGCCGCAGCCCAGGUGUCAUCCCACUUCGACGAGGUCAUGGACGCGGUGAGGAGGCACGACUGUUCCGUUUUCUCCUGUCCUCAGGCCAGGCCGGCCAACGUCUUCUUCUAGAGCCGACGUAUUCCGGUUCGC